AUGUCGCAGCCGGCGCCGGAGGGGCGGAGCGGACCCGCGGCGCGUACGCCCGUGAACCCCCUCGGGGCUCCACUGGCGUCUGCUGCAGCGCUUCUUCAGAGUCUGCAGCUGCAAGCCAGUGGGACAGCUGAGGCCAACGAGAGAGUGGAGCGCUUGUAUGCGCCCGCAGCCCACGCCACUCUUCCCGCCUUCCGGCCUGUCUCCGCUGCAGCGCCCAUGGGGCCUCUCGCCCCCCCGCAGGCGGUACCUGUAGUGGCUGGCGGGCUCAGGUCCGUUCCAGAGGCGACGCCCGCUGGAGGCAGGCCGCCUGGAAUCGGCACGAGCGCCUCGCCUGCGGUCGCGGCGAGGCCUGUGGGCGCGGCAAGGCCUGCAGAGCUCAAUCGCCCAAACAGCCUCGAAAGCACUGCAUUUCUACCCUCGGCGCAGGCGCCCGACGGUCCUCCUGCGGCCUCGCCUGGAGGCUCUGCGGGGGUGCGUCCUCUGAACACGGCGCGGCAGUUCUUCAGUCCAGCUGUGGCGAAAACCUCAGACUUAUCAAGCCUGUUACCGGCGAUUUUGCCCCAGGUGGCGGCGGCGGCGCAGGGAUGCGGCGCGGAAGGGACUGCGCCUGUCUCGGCGUCGCCUGGUGCGAUGGGAGGCCUGCCCGCAGCGGUCCCCGUAGGCGCGGGGGCUGCAGCCCCUGCCGGCGCGCUUUUCAAGCCUCCCACAGUGCCCGCGGCGCUGAAUUCCGCGGCAGUCGAGCUGCUUGGAAAUGUCCACGGCCGGCUUUUCGCGUCCGCGCUUCUCGGCCCGAAUCUUCUCGACCCAAGCACGCUGUCGUCCUCUCUGCGGCAGAACCCCGGCGUCUCGCUCUCGCCCUCCUCUCUGGCCUCUGCGGGGACGGCAGCCGGCGUCUCUUCUCUGCUUCCUGAGCGCGCGGGUUUGUCAGACGUACACGGCGCAGGCGGCGCUUCGAAGGCCCAGAGCCCCCCAGCGGUGCUCUCGCCACACGGGACGGCGGAGGGCGGCGUAGGUGCUUCCCCCGCGUCUUCAGCGAGGCGCACUUCGACGCUCGAGGCGCUGAGCCACACCCCUGCGCGUUGUGCUGCUGCAGCCGCAGGAGGCAGUCCCGCGCCUCUGCCGCUCAGUGGACCUCCGCGGGCCGCUGCCGACGCGCCGCAGACGCCGGCACCAGGGAAGCAGGCUAGUGUGGCGGAGCAAGUGGACAAAGACGGGAAUGGCGUCCCACGCUCUGCCGCCUCGGUUCAACCCAAGACGACGGAGACGAACAGGCCUCCUGCGGCGUCGAUGCCAACAGAAUCGCCAAGCGCGGGCGGCGCGGUCUCGUCUCAGGGGACGGGGGUCUCCGCGGGGAGGUCGGUUGUGCCGCCUUCCCCGCAGCCGUCGCCUCUGGCGGGACAGCCUCUUCUGGCCGCAGCCUCGCUCGUGCAGCGGUUCCUUGCUCCAGGCCCUUCGGCGUCCUCCUCUGCGUCGUCUUCACUCUCAACUCCCGUCGCGGCUGCGGCCCCCCAAGCUGUUCUGGGCGCAUCCGCCGCCACCGCCCCGGCGGGUGCGGAGACUCGCUCCGCGCAGGAGCAGUUGUCUCCUGCGGCUGCGGCGGCUCGCCCUCUGUCCCUCCCUCGAGGGGCGUCGUUGGCGUCUUCUGCAGGCGCAUCGCCUCCACGGGGGUCAGGGGCGCCCUGGGCGGCGCCGCCCUCCCCGAGCAGCGGGUCCCACACAGUGUCUGUCGCCUCUUCUUCGCGCGCUGUUUCGGCUUGUCCGGCACCCUCCUCCGCCGCGUGCGCGGCGUCCCCCCCAGCGUCUUCGCCCGCGUCUUCGCCCGCGUCUUCGCUGGCCGGGGCCUCAUCUGCGUCGUCCCUGCCGGCGUCACUGUCUUCGUCGGCGGCGUUGCCGCAGACUGCUCGCGCCUCCGCGGCGUCGCCUCUGGAAGCUACCGCGGAGGCUGCUGAGAAUGUGCGGGCGGUGCCGACGGCGCUGCCUGCAAUUAGUUCGCGGAGUUUGGCCUCGUUGGAGCGCGACAGAGCGCAGGGGACGCUGUGGGGGCGCACGCGAGAGGAGUACUUGGCGCUCCAGCGAUCCCUGCCGCCGGGGCUCUCGGUCUACGAAGCGACCGCCGAGCCUCGCAGCAUCCAGGACAGCGCGCGUCUCGACCAGCGGACGACUCUGGGGGACAGUGAACUGCGGUGCGACUUGAGUUGCCCCAUUUGCAUGGGCAUCUUCCAAAACGUUGUCGUGGUGAAGGACUGUCUCCACCGUUUCUGUGCGGACUGCAUUGAGAAGUGCGUGCGCACGGGGCUCCGCGAGUGUCCCCAGUGUCGCAUUCAUGUCGCGAGUCGGCGCGCCCUCCGUCCAGACCCGACUUUCGAGCGGAUUCUCAACAAGCUGUUCCCCGACGUUCGCGCCUUCGAAGAGAAGCACGCGGAGCUGAUUACCCUGUCGAACUGGCGCAUGCGCACGCCAGGGGCGCGCCUGCUCGGAUCCGCUGCACCUGCAGUGGGAGGCUGCCGAAGCGCUUCCGACCGCCUCGAUGCGGACGACGACGAGAGGAACGAUGACGCAGACGGUGACGCGCGGGGAGGGCGAGGAGACGCCAGGCGAGGUCACGACGACGAGGAGGAAGACGACGAAGACGAGGACGAAGAGGACGACGAAAACGGCGGGGGCGACCGUGAUCGAGACGAAGCUAGCAGGGACAACAGCGACGACAGCGACGCGCUCUACCAGUCCCGCCGAAGCCGGAGGAAGCAUCGGCGGCUGCAGCAGGACAACUUGAAAAUGGGAAGAAGGCAAACGUUAUCUGGCACGAAAUCUCUGUCUCGCUCCAUGUCGUCUUCCCUUCAGUCGCGCCUGCUCUCUUCAGGUCUCCUUUCCAAUCCGCCGGCCUCAGGUGCAGGCAGUGGAGCCGGUUCUGUUUUCUCUUCUCUUCUUCGUCUCCGCUCCGAGCCGCUGCCGCCCUUUGUGGGGGCUGACGGGCGCCUCGUGACUGCCCAAGGCAACGCUCUUCCCACGCUUUCGUCGUCUCUGUCGUCGCUUUCCUCUCUUUCGACUGAUCUGCUUGCGUGCAAAGCCGCGGCAAAGGGAUCCCCUUUCAGCUUCGCCGGCCGUGGAGACGGUACGCAUGCGUCACCCUUCCGGCGCUUCAGCGACGAAGCGGCACCUGGCCUCUCGGCGAGCUUUGCUGGCGGGGGCGCGGGAAAUAUGAGAGCCUUUCUACGCCUCCAGAGACAGGCUCUGAGGCGGAAGAGACAGGAGAUCGAUGCGCAACUGGCUCGCGUGGCUACGGAUGGGUGUCUCCAUUUUGAACUUCUUCCGGACCCGUCUCUUUCUCGACUUCCCUUUUUACCGCGACGGCGCCUCUCAACUUCUACAGGGGGCAACAUUACUGUCCUCCAGCUCGCGCGAUACGUUGCAACUCAGCUUGCUGAGUGCACUUUGAUGGACUCCGACGCGGCGACAUAUGGCGGGCUUGUCAGUGCCCCUGAUACCAAGGCGGCGAGCUCUGAUUCAUCGUCCUCCAAAGCCUCGACGGGCGCCUCCGUUGUCCCUCCAGGCGCCGGACACUCCUCCGGCAUCGCCAGCACAGCAAAUGCGAUCAGUGGCGGUUGCGCCGCCACCGCGGGCGGGAGCGCUCCAGAGGACGCUGCCUCCUCGCGGUCUUCAUCUUCUUCUGCGGGUUCUGUGGUCGCCAAUCGGCGACGAGAAGGCGAUGCUAGCCAGGUCAGAAGAGCAGAUGAGAGAGAAUCUCCAGUGAACAACGGCGCAGCGGGAGCCUCGGUCGCGGCACAGCAUCCUCCCUCAGGGGUGAGCGACGGUCUCCAGAUUCGGUUCUAUACGAAGGAACAUCGGAAGCCGUUCAGCCCCAGUGUCACACUGGCGGCCGUCCACCAGUGGUCGCGCGCACUCAGCAUGCAGGUACUUGUCCUGUACUACACGACUCGUGCCUAUGGUGACGCAUCGGGCGGCGUCCUCCGCGGCACCCGCGGCUACGUCGUCGAUGUGUGGGGUCCUGCGCAGAAAUCCGAGGCGCCAGUCUCUGCUGGGCGGACGGAGGAGCGGAGCGUCGGGGUGCCGGCGGGCGGCGAUGUGCACGCAACGAGGAAACGUAGAUCUUCCUCCGCGGAGACCGCCGGCGGUGAAGGCGCUGAGGAGACAAAGAGGACCAAGCUUGAGAGCGGAGCAAGACCCGUGAGUGCUACCAGCGAUGCAAAAGGCGAAGGCAGGCAUAUGGCCGCGUUGAUUCCGGGCGAAGAAGCGGCGACGAAGAUGGCGAGUGAAGGCACUGAUGCUGCUGUAAAGGGACGAGGAGGGAAUCUCUACGAGGGAGAGGAGGCCCCGAAGGAGCGCGCUACGGGCUCGGCCGAAGAGCACUCGGACGCUGGAGGAGGAGAGUCAGCGGCAGAGCCGAUAGGACGGGUGGCGCCAUUGGAAAAAACGUCUGGGGGUGGCCCGGUCAAAUCAAGUCCCGAAGCGUCUGGCUCACUCGCAACGGGACAGCCUGUCACUCCAGCCACAGGCGCCGUCACUGUUCAGUCUCGAGACAACCCCGGGGUGUCUCUGAUCAGCCAUUCUCUUUCCACUUCCACAUCUUCGCCGGCUCCUACUCUCUCUUCCGUCUCCCUUUCUGCUUACUCUAGCCCGGCUCCCGUUUCUGCUGCGUCUUUCUGCACACCUUCUUCUUCGUCGGUUUCUCAGGUCGUUUCCUAG